AUGGAGCACCACGCACCCCGCGACCAUGCGACAUCAAAUGUGCUGGCAUGGACCGCCGCACACUCGGCUAAUGUGGAGCCUUCUGUGGAGGAGGACGCAGGCACCGACGCGGACGAGCCGCCGGACCGUCUGGGGCCCAUUUCGCCCAUUUCAAACCACUUUCACCGCACGCCCAUCCGUCGGGGCAGUGAACAACACGAAUCGCUCCUGACCAAAGCGCUGCAGAGCCAGUCAGACGAGGAUACCAAUGACUCAGAAUCCCGGCGCCGGCCACGUCGGCGUCGGUCCAUCAUCAGCAAUGCCAGCCUCGCUUCGACUGCCGAUUUCACUUGCGGCACGGGUAUCACGACACCCGCUCGCACAAGCUCGCCGAGCCCUCGAUUGCCCAACGUCGGCUUCGUCCCUCCCGCUGUCGCGAACAAGGACCCGGCUGUGGGUGCAUUGGAGAAGAAGCGUUGCAUUUCCUUUGCCUGCGCAGCCAAGCCGAAACCGGAUGAGAAGGCACCGAUGCCCCUUCCCCCCAAGCAAAAACAAGACGGAGGGGGCGCCGGAGCACCGCCGAAAAAGACGAGCAUCAAGUUCGCCUGUCCAUCGCAACCUUCGAGGAUUGCAGAUGUACAGCAACUGGAAGCGCGACCGCGGACCCCGGUUUCGCGAGGGACGCCGAGUACUCCCAAGGGUGUGGCAAACCUCGACACUCCGCGGUCCUCGUCGACUGUCCGCGCGUUUCGCUCGCCGACAUCCCGCAAGACUCCUGGCAGUCCCCAGGCUGUUCGAAACAAAAGGUGGCUAACUGCCGGAUCUGGGGAUCUGGCUAGUGAAUGCGCACGGUUCCACGAAUUCGCGAGCGACGAAUUGCAGGAGGACGAUUGGAUACUGCGGGACCAUGCCUCCUUGAAACCAAAGCUCACGAUCGACGACACCCUCGAGAAAGAAAAUGCUAUUCGAAAGCUGGGCAAGGAAGCUGAAGAGGAGGCGGAACUUGAAGAGGAAGAGCUCGACGAAGAGGAGGACGACGAGGAAGUUGAUGAGGCAGAUCUGAUUGAUGAGGACGACGAUGGUGAUCCGGAUGAUGAUGAUGAAUCUCGAGACACCGAGGAAAGUGAAGAAUCUGAAGACGAAGUCGGCAAUGACGAGGAUGAGGACGGCACAAACGACGAUGCCGACACUGAACACGCAUGGGCAUCCGAGCAAUCCGAAGGAUACAAGACGGACAAUGAAGUUGGCUUUGCCGAGUCGGAUGACGAAGACGACGAUCUCGUGCUGUGGACCACCCGGAUCGGUCGCUUCCACAGUCUGUCCGGUGCUGUAUCGAUGAUGGCCCGGAGAAGGUCUCAGGACGACAACUCGGAUUCCUCGGCAUCAUCCAAGAAGAGGUCGAGCCAUUCCCGCAAGAAGAAGCGGUCAGGGACUCGUCCUGUUCCGUUCCGGUCCGACACGCCCGAGUUGCCUGACAGCACUGAUUUUGUCUGUGGCACCCUCGACGAAGAUAAGCCGCUGGAGGAGGCCUACAUCACUUGCGUCGAGGCUCGAAGGCGGGAUCGGCACCAGCUCAUCCCUCAAGACAUCGACCCUAGCUUCCCGACAUCUGAGCCUGAAGACGAGGCUGAAGAGCUGUACAGGAAGGGAUACGGUGACAGCGAGGAGCAUGUUUGGCUGCAUGGCGAGUUCGAGGACCUUCAUCACGACCGCGACCGUCGGGGCCGCAAGAAGAAAGGAACCGUCCCAUCACCGAAGAGAUGCCGCUCCCCUCCUCCGAAGCGGCGCCUGUCACCUGCGCCCAUGGCUCGUGGUGGUCGGUCUCCUAGGAAGCUUUACGAACAGCGGUCUCCACGACUUCGGUCCCCGGCGCCACUUCGCAUAGCACCACAAUUCCCAAUUAUCUCGCCGAUACACGGAGCCGAGAACAUCGCCUUCAAAUCACUGGCCUCUGGACCUGGUCUGACGCAGACCAAGUCGUUGCCCAAGGCACCUGGCAUGUUCCCUCAUCUCAAGGUACGUAGGUCGAGAGCCGGAACCAUCACGGAAGAGACGCAUGUGCGCGGGGCCAUCGACAUUGUCAAGGGCCUCGAGAAGAAGCGGCAGCGGCGCAGAGAGAAGUACUACCAAAAGUACUGCAACCGCGCCCGCAAGGAGAAGGCGCAAACGAAGCGGCCGCCUCCCGGACAGGGCGCGGAGCGCAUGAGGGAGCUGGGCCUGCUCAUGGCCGGCAAGGCCGGGCACGGGAAUUAUGUACUUUCCAUCUGA